GAUUCAGCCUUCAAAUUGAAACCAAUGCUCAACACACACUGAACACAGAUAUGCUUUCCCAGUGAAUUAUGAUACAGAAAUGUAUGAGGCAGUUUUUAAUAAGAAAACCUGCUCUUACUAUUUUGUGGAAAAGAAUCUACUGUUUGUUCCAAUACUGGCUUCUUCAUUUGUAGUAUUCUUAUGUAAUGCGACAUGCCUUGACAGAGAUCCCAGCAGGGGACAACCAGGUGCCAGACUAGACGGCUGUCUUGAUGGGAACGUGAUGCGACCUUUUAACUCUACAUGGAAUAUAGAAAACUGUACCGAAUGCAAUUGUACUCAGAGUGGGAUAACCUGCUGUUCGACGCUUCAAGUACCUGUAGUACUUUCGGGGAACUGUGAAGUUGUGGUGAAUAGAAGUGCCUGUACCUACUAUAUCCAGAAAACCAGUGAUAAACCUGAACUCUGCAAUAUGUAUGUGUUGCUAUAGAAGCCGCAAGUCAUGUCAAAUGCAAAUGUAAAUGCUCCAUGCUCCAAUGCUCAUUGAAAACCGUUGAAAUGUUUAUGUUUAAAGAUAAUCGUUUUACAAUAAUAUAUAUUGGGAGGAUCAUAAAACAGGUCAACCAAAUGGUUAUCUGAGCACAUUGCAAUUAUUUAAGUACAUAAUUGCUAUUGCAUGGUAUUUAAAGAAGACAUUUUGGGGGUUAUUUAUCAAAAUCAGGUUUUUUUCAGAUUUUUUUAAGUAAAAAAAAUCCAAACUAGAAUCCAUGAUAUGACCUUAUUUAUCAUUGAAAAAACUUGAUAAAAUCAGUUCAGA